AUGGUUAAAAGAGAAGUGAACAAAUUGGGAGUGCUUAGUGCUACCAGUUACGUUGUGGGAUCAGUAAUAGGAUCAGGGAUUUUCAUUUCACCGAAAGGAAUUCUUCAGUAUGCUGGCUCAGUGGGAUUGUCAUUGAUCAUAUGGGUUCUGGCAGCUCUGCUAGCUAGUUUGACAGCCGUCGUAACAUCAUUUCUUCGAAAAUACGCGGAUAACUACGUGAAUUUCAAGCUAAAGUCGCCCCUACUAGUGGCGCAUUUCCUGAAGACAAAGUCUUUGGCCAAG